AUUAAUAAUCCCAAUAUCUGACCAUAGGGGUGAUAUUAGAGGAUACAAUAAUCUAUCUUCCCUGCCCUACCCUACCGAAGAGAGAGUGAUUACUGUAAAUAUCGGUCAAUCAUUAUUCCCACGCACAUCUUGAAUCACAUCGUUCGUUAAUGGUCUAAAUUAAAAGUUAUUGCAAUUAGCAAGAAAUGGCAGCAAACCAUCAUGGCACAUUACAUGAAGAAAACGACAGUGAAGAUGGCCAUCAUGUACACUUUCCAGAGGAUAUCAGUGCCAACACAGAAAUUCAAAUACAGAUGAAAGGAGACUCGAUAGCCAAUGUUCACUUAGGCUUCCUCCAACACAAACACAAGUAUCAGAUACAAUUAAACCUUCCAAUUUCACCCAAGUCUACCUCGCUGACACCUAUAAUCAAUACACCUUUCAUAGCAGUAGGCAAUGUGAACAGUCCAGGAGAUGACAAAUGUCACGAGGUCACACUGGAGCUUGAUGCACACAAAGAAGGUCUUCUUAGGGACAAAUUUGUGCUAAAAAAUGAAGCUGGGGAAGAAUUUGUUAUUGUACUUCAUGCGAGGGUUCUUGGAUCUCAUAAAGGAACUCCAAUGCUGAAGGAGGGUAUACACUGCAUACACCAUGCAAAAGAUGAGGAGGAGGAUCACAGUGAUUGGCAGGGCUUUGAUUGACAAGAGCCUGCCUACUUAGAAGAACUACAGUAGCAUAUUUUAUUUUAGUCUGUGGCUGAGAGCUUCAUUUACACCUUCCUGAACUUUCAAAAAUCAUGUAAAAUCAAAUUUUUAGUGGUUAGUUUGUAAUAAUAUUAUAUACUGUAAAAGGUCAGCUUAGAACAGGAGGUGCGAUGGAACAGAGGUAAAAGCACUUGCCUCCCACCUCUGUAACCCAGGUUUGAUUUUUUAUUAAUAUGUAAUAUAUUUUAAAUCAUGAAGUCCCUUUUUGAUGAGUUUUGUCAGUUGUGAACAGUAGAGAAGCAAUUCAGCUAAGAAACAUUUUUGAACUGUAAAUAAAACUAAAUCAAUGUA